AGACACACACCAGUGGCGACAGGGGAGAGUUGGAAAGACGCAGGAGAGAAGCAGGAGGCAGCGGGGAGGGAGCAAUGGGACCGGGAAGCCGCAGGUUCCCUCGCAAAUCCCCCUCCGUCCCCACGUCGUCUCGCCGGCCGCGGCAGGGGAGCGAGGAGCCGGGCGAGCAGACGGAGGAGUGGAGCUCGCUCUAGGCAUCGGGCUUGGCCGGAGAAUGGAGGAGCCGCCAAGCGAUCGGCUGAUUGGAAGAGAAACGCAGAGCGAUGGAGGCGGGGGUAGGAGGACGAUUUCUCUGCGGGGACUGGCGGCGGCGUAUACGCCCGGGUCGGGCGCUGCAGAGCUUGGCUAGCUUUCAACCCGCGCUUGCCGGCUCCAGCCCCGCGCGCCCCCACCCCCAGCCCUCCCGGCGGCUCCGCAGGGUGAGGUGGCUUUGACCCCGGCUUGCCUGGCCAGCACGACCGAGGAGGUGGCUGGACGGCUGGAGAAUGAACGGAGAAGCCGACUGCCCCACAGACCUGGAAAUGGCCGCCCCCAAAGGCCAAGACCGCUGGUCCCAGGAAGACAUGCUGACUUUGCUGGAAUGCAUGAAGAACAACCUUCCAUCCAAUGACAGCUCCAAGUUCAAAACCACCGAGUCACAUAUGGACUGGGAAAAAGUAGCAUUUAAAGACUUUUCUGGAGACAUGUGCAAGCUCAAAUGGGUGGAGAUUUCUAACGAGGUGAGGAAGUUCCGUACGUUGACAGAAUUGAUCCUCGAUGCUCAGGAACAUGUUAAAAACCCUUACAAAGGCAAAAAACUCAAGAAACACCCGGACUUCCCAAAGAAGCCCCUGACCCCUUAUUUCCGCUUUUUCAUGGAGAAGCGGGCCAAGUAUGCAAAACUCCACCCCGAGAUGAGCAACCUGGACCUGACCAAGAUUCUGUCCAAGAAAUACAAAGAGUUGCCAGAGAAGAAGAAGAUGAAAUAUAUUCAGGACUUCCAGAGGGAGAAACAGGAGUUUGAGCGAAACCUCGCCCGAUUCAGGGAGGAUCACCCAGACCUAAUCCAGAAUGCCAAGAAGUCGGACAUCCCUGAGAAGCCCAAAACCCCCCAGCAGCUGUGGUACACCCACGAGAAGAAGGUGUACCUCAAAGUGCGGCCAGACGCCACUACGAAGGAGGUGAAGGACUCCCUGGGGAAGCAGUGGUCUCAGCUCUCGGACAAAAAGAGGCUGAAAUGGAUUCAUAAGGCCCUGGAGCAGCGGAAGGAGUACGAGGAGAUUAUGCGAGACUAUAUCCAGAAACACCCCGAGCUCAACAUCAGUGAGGAGGGCAUCACCAAGUCCACCCUCACCAAGGCCGAACGCCAGCUCAAGGACAAGUUUGACGGGCGACCCACCAAGCCACCUCCGAACAGCUACUCCCUGUACUGCGCAGAGCUGAUGGCCAACAUGAAGGACGUGCCCAGUACAGAGCGCAUGGUGCUGUGCAGCCAGCAGUGGAAGCUGCUCUCCCAGAAGGAGAAGGAUGCCUACCACAAGAAGUGCGACCAGAAAAAGAAAGAUUAUGAGGUGGAACUGCUCCGUUUUCUAGAGAGCCUGCCUGAGGAGGAGCAGCAGCGGGUCCUGGGGGAGGAGAAGAUGUUGAACAUCAACAAGAAGCAAGCCACCAGCCCAGCCUCCAAGAAACCCUCCCAGGAAGGGGGCAAGGGUGGCUCGGAGAAGCCCAAGAGGCCUGUGUCAGCCAUGUUCAUCUUCUCGGAAGAAAAGCGGCGGCAGCUGCAGGAAGAGCGGCCUGAGCUUUCAGAGAGCGAGCUGACCCGCCUGCUGGCCCGCAUGUGGAACGACCUGUCAGAGAAGAAAAAGGCCAAGUACAAGGCCCGGGAGGCCGCACUGAAGGCCCAGUCGGAGAGGAAGCCGGGCAAGCUGCCAGAGUCGCCCAAAAGAGCCGAGGAGAUCUGGCAACAGAGCGUCAUCGGCGACUACCUGGCCCGCUUCAAGAACGACCGGGAGAAGGCCUUGAAAGCCAUGGAGAUGACUUGGAACAACAUGGAAAAGAAGGAGAAACUAAUGUGGAUUAAGAAGGCGGCCGAAGACCAAAAGCGAUAUGAGAGAGAGCUGAGUGAGAGGCGGGCACCCCCGGCUGCUGCAAACUCAUCCAAGAAGAUGAAGUUCCAGGGAGAACCCAAGAAGCCUCCCAUGAACGGUUACCAGAAGUUCUCCCAGGAGCUUCUGUCCAAUGGGCAGCUGAACCACCUGCCACUGAAGGAGCGCAUGGUGGAGAUUGGCAGCCGCUGGCAGCGCAUCUCCCAGAGCCAGAAGGAGCACUACAAAAAGCAGGCCGAGGAGCAGCAGAAGCAGUACAAAGUGCACCUGGACCUCUGGGUCAAGAGUCUGUCUCCCCAGGACCGUGCAGCAUAUAAAGAGUACAUCUCGAAUAAACGUAAGAGCAUGACCAAGCUGCGAGGCCCGAACCCCAAGUCCAGCCGGACGACCCUGCAGUCUAAGUCGGAGUCUGAGGAUGACGAUGAAGAGGAUGAGGAGGAGGAGGAGGAGGAGGAGGACGAGGAAGAUGAUGAGAACGGGGACUCCUCUGAGGACGGGGGGGACUCUUCCGAAUCCAGCAGCGAGGAUGAGAGCGAGGAUGGGGAUGAGAAUGAGGAGGAUGACGACGAUGAGGACGACGACGAGGACGACGACGAGGAUGAGGACAACGAGUCCGAGGGCAGCAGCUCCAGCUCCUCCUCCUCGGGGGACUCCUCGGACUCUGACUCCAACUGAGGCUCAGCCCCACCCGGGGCUCCCCUCCCCGACUGACCACCUUUGUUUCUCCCCCAUGUUCUGUCCCCUGCCCCUUGGCCUCCCCCACUUUCUUUCUUUCCUUUUUUUUUUUUUUUUUUUUUUUUUUUUUAAAAAAAAAAAAAAAAAUACGGUGGGGGGAGGCACUGGAGGCGCCCAGGCCAGAACUCUUCGGCCUCAGAGACAUCAGCCCUGGGGGGCCCUCCAGGGAGCACAACCAUCAGACUGAGCCACCACUGGACCGGCCCAGCCCACCCCCGUCUGCACUUGCGGUUCCGGCAUGGACAAUGGACCUGGGAGUGGGAUGGGGGGGGUGGGUCCCAAAGAGUUCAGUGAGGCCCCCUACACCUGCAGCCCAACCCAAGGGAGGGUGGAAGCUUGGGGAAGACCCCUUUCUUUCCAGAGGGGCUUGCAGCCUGGACCCCUACGUUGGAACUGGAGGCAGGGAACAUGGGAGAGGAGGGCGGGCGCCUAUGGGAAAAUAGGCACUGCCCCAUGGCCCUCUCCUGCCCCCUGCGGGAAGGAGCUGCCUGGACCCACUCGCGGCGGGGAGGGGGCAGAAGUGUUUUUUAUAUAUGUGUAUAUAUUUUUUUUUUUUAAGCUCUGAGCUGUCAACGAGACGUUUCCUACCGACCUCGGCUGCCGUCUCUGUUGUCAUUUCUGGGAGAGGGAGGGUUUAGGGGGUAGGUUUCGGACUUUUUUAAAACGGUCUUGAUGCGUAUGGAAAAGUGUAUGUGCGCGUGUGUGCGUGUGCGUGUGCGUGUGUGGCCUAUACAUAGCAUGGGUGCACCUGUGGAUGUGUGCAAAGGCACAUGUGCAUUUGUGCGUGUAAGAGAGAAGGGGGCGCCCACCUCAGUGUGUGAAACUGGUAAAAGGGUUGGUGAGGGCCAGGGAGACGUUGAUCCUGGUGGGGAUAGGCCGCGGUGGCCCCUUUCUCCAUAUCUUCUGCUUUGCUUGAUCUCUAAUUCAAUUUGGGGGGUGUACUGAAGCCACUCUGAUGUUUCCUAUACUGGUUUCCCUCUGUCAGGGUCAUUGGAGCUACUGCUAGUCUCCAGUACCCAGCAGGACUGUGGGGAGGGGGAACGGACCAGGUGAAGCUUAAAGCUUUGAUUUGGUGGGAAAGGCCCCUGCAGCUCAUCUGAGGGGUCACCCAGCCACCCUGGGCCCUGAACCUGGCCUUCAAGAAAUGUGUUGGAAGCUCUUAACUUACAAUCCCUCCUGUCUUUUCCCCCGCAUAUCCUCCAGCUACCCCACGCCUGUUUCCUUUGAUUUCUCAGGUGUGUUCCCUUCCCCGCCCCACCUCCCCAAAUCCACAGCUUUGGGAAGAGGUCUGCAAAAGCUGCUUUUGCAAGCUGUCCUCCUAAACCUUCCCAGCCAUCCCCCUCAUUUUGGUACCCUGAUUCCUAGAUUCUUCGUAAGCCAAGCCACCUUGCCUCUGUGGGUUUAAUUUUUGUUGGUUUGUUUUUUAUUAAAUUUUGGCUUCUCUCUUUUCUAAAAAAAACAAUCACAUCAGUGACCUAUUUAAUUGGGGCUUUGUGCAUUUCCACCUUCCCCUGCGAAUGGAAGCCAAGGGAUGGGGAAGAAUGGGAACUCUACCUAGGAGGUGGGAUGGGAAAGGUAGGUCCCCUUCCCAGAGGAAGGCAGACCAUCUGCUUUGCCUUAGCCAUGGUGCUGUGGGGGGGGAGGGGGUGGCUAGGGAGGGACACUCCCCACUCCUACUCCCAUUUGUCCGGAUCCUGGAAUUAGGUACAGGGGUCCGUAAGGUUCUAUUUCUUCCCAAGAGCCCCUGCAAAGAACCCCAUUACCCUGAGUGCCCCUGCGCUGUUGUGUUUUAGCGGAAUGUGUUUUCAUUUAAAAACAACUUUGAAUGGGGCCCUUUUUUUUUUUCCUGUUUUAAAAUUUGAAAAAUUCUUACAGUACGAACAGGGCUGUGGGGGGGGGGGAGUUAGUGCUGUGAGAGGUGACUCGGUGCAUUUUGGCACUGGGAUGGGACGGCUGGGGUGGGAGGACCCUCACUCCCACCCCACCUUCCGGUUUUUUCCUGAUAUUUAAGAAGUGUUUUUGUAGGUUUCAACAACAACUGCAACUUGAAUUUGCAUCAUGGGAGGUGGGAGGGAAUGGCUUAGAGGUGUCUGCCUAAGCUGAAGGCCAACUGUGGAAGUUUUGUUUUCCCUUUUUUUGUACAAUAAA